AUGGCGGACGAGUUAGGCGGGAAUUUGUUUUUGGACGAAGAAGACGUCAUUUCUACUGAACCAAGCUUAGAUAUUCCAGCACAUUUUGACUGGAUUUUUUUGAAAAACGGUCAAACUUUAUUUCUUCAAGUUCUGAAGACUGUUGGUGUUCCAGAGAGUGAGACAAUCGAGUCAAAUGCCGCCAGGAUAAUGUCAUCGAAGUGCGAAGAAAAUAUUAAAGUUGGAACUGACUUUUUGAAGCAGAUGUCAACAAGUUUUUUGGUGUGUUAUCAAAACGUUAAACAAAUAAAAUGCGCGAAUCAAAAGAUGAUGAAGCUGGAGAAAAGUUUUUUGGACCUUUUUGAUAAUCCAGUUUUAAAUUUAAAGUGGUCUUGCUUAGUACGUACGUGUGGUUUGCAAACAUCUGAUGGGACAAAUAUUCUUUUAAACCACGUUCUACAACACUUUUGGAGUUCGUUAGUUUUACAUGGAUCGCAUGAACUGAGUGAACAAGGUGAAAAUUCCAAUUCUGUCCCUAUAAAUGCCAGCUCCACUGAACCUGAAGAUAUUGAGGUUCAGUCGGUGAGAGAGCAUGCUGGUUGGGUUUUUAAGCGGGUCAGAGAAGAGUUCAAUGGUGGACCUCAAAUGUACAAAAUUCCGGUAUCAAAAACCGAUAAUACUGAUGUAGAAGUGGAUAAGUACUAUUUACUUUCAUUAAUUGAACGUUUGGGGCAUGAUGUUUUGAGUCGACCUGGCAAAUUUUUGUUUAAUGCAAUACCUGAAGUUGUUGAAGUUUUUCUGUACCUUCAUAAUACUGUUGAAAAUAUUGUCAAGAAUCAGCUAGAAACACAUGUUGACAAAGAAAUUUUGAAGAAUUGUUUAAAAGUAUUGAAUGAAGAUAUUCAACUACGUGAAAUGUGGUUCAAAGUUUUGGGUAAUGAAGAUAAUUUUAAGUUCAAGUCGGAUUGUGUGUUGUUAUUACAUAGAGUUGUUGGAAUGUUUGUAAAGUCAAAACAGCAAAUCAUCCGAGAACAACUCCAACUGAAACCAA